AUAAAUAGUAGUAAAGACAAGUUGCUACAGUUGUAGCAAUACUCAAUGAAUUAUGAUUGUAGAACUACUAAGGACGACAAUUUUGGUCACUGUUCUUGUUGAGGUUAAUGGCAGGCCGUCUCAACUACAAACAACAAAGGAAAAACUGCACAGGUUAAGAAGAAUCUCUAAACAGCAUCCUAUAACGAAGACCACUAGUCGUGGUAUGACCUUAGAUCAAGUUGACAAACACACCUUACAAGCGCGGGCUAAAAAUACUUAUUUAAAAAAUCCUAAAUUUCUCGACAAAGUCCUCAGAAAUGGACUUCAACGCARGAAGAACUCGCUGGUCGGCUCUUCUGAAGAAAAGAAUUACAAACUUAAUGUUGACACACCGUCUAUCUCAGCCCUUGCUCCGAGAUGUGGAGUCAAGGACUCCGCGACCAUUGGCUGGAACAAGCUAGCUAAAUUGAGAAAUCUCCCAAUGAGAGUUCGAAGACGUUUUCGACGAUAUGCCGCUCAAGGUAGUAAAUGGCCGAUCUCUCAGUACACUUUAAAAUGGACAGUAUCUAAGUGGAGCUCAAAAAUGACUAACGCUGAAGUAAAGAGUACCUUGGAAAAGGCUUUCCGAGCCUGGGCUGAGGUUAGCCCUUUGAAGUUUAAGUGGGAGCAGAACGCAGCAUUAGCGAACAUUGACGUUAAAUUCGCUACAGGUUACCAUGGUUGCAAGCAAUCUUUCGAUGGUCCUAGAGGUAUUCUCGCGCAUGCGUACUUCCCUCAGUAUGGAGGUGACAUACAUUUUGAUGACGCAGAGCCUUGGAAACCUGAUAGCACUAGCAGCAAUUAUAAGAGCCUACUUAAAGUAGCUAUACAUGAGAUUGGACAUAGUCUUGGACUGCAGCACUCAGACGUGUCAGGRGCCAUCAUGGGACGCUAUUACUUGAGCUCGUUGAGCACCAGGCUCGGUGAUGAUGAUAUUAAGGGAAUUCAAAGCAUUUAUGGUCGUUGUGAGCCAAGAAAAAUUGAUAGCAUAGAAUCAUCAUUUUAUGUUGGCAAAACAUAUAUAUUUAGAGACUCGCUCUACUGGAAAUACAACGAUCUCAAGAACCAAGUCCAGAGGCCAGACUACCCACGUGAUGUCCCUAAAGGAUGGAGUGGUCUCCCUAGUAAAAUCGAUGAAAUGUUUCAAUGGAGGUACAACAUGAGAGUUUAUUUCUUCGUUGGAAACCAAUACUAUCUUUUUGAUGAAUAUCGAGAUAAAGUCGAAAGUAACUAUCCCAAGUUGAUUUCAAAGGGAUGGCCUGGUGUACCUGACAAUAUCGACGCUGCGAUGUCGACAGAUGACUACACAAGUUACUUCUUCAAGGGAGAUACAUGCUACAAGUAUGAUGGCGGCCUUGACAAAGUUGUAAAAGUCGACAAGAUAUCAAACAUGUGGCCAGGSGUUCCUAAUGAUCUUGAUAGCGCGUUCGUGUGGUAUUACAACGGGUUUACGUAUUUCUUYAAGGGAGAGUACUACUUCGAGUGGGGCACAUCGAUUCAGCACGCUAACGGACCCAAACCUAUCAAAGAUAAGUGGAAUAAUAUAUGUGAAGUUUAACGUGGUACAGGAGGCUUUUAGAAAACCCGUAGUAAGCUACGCUUCUGGCUCGAAAAAAUAUAAAUAAUUCUAUGCGAAAUGUGAGAAAAUUAUUAGUCCUGAAUGAACUUCUUUUCCCACAAUGAAGGUUCGAGAUUCAUCAUGGUAUUGUUGAUAGUACAAAUGGAGCCAUGUUGCUUUUUAGCAAUUUCAUCGACUGUUUUUCCAAUAAUAAGCCAUAUCAUUACAUAACAUACCCUACCAUGUAGGAAUCUUAUGCUCUCUCGAUUUCAAGAGGGAAGUUUAAUAUUCGCCAAAUUGAUGCUUUUAUCAAUGCCUAUAUGACGCACGUUACCACCUGCAAUGGUGGAUACGUAAAGAUCAAUAUUUAUCUGCAAUAUUAUAAUUCUUAUUCAUUUAAUCUGUACAUAUUGUGUAAAUACCAAUAUAUACAAACUACAUCAAUUUAUAAAUAUAUCUUAUGUAUAAUAGUGUAAUUAUUACAAUGGUAUGUUUUAAAAAACUAUAAAAUAACCGUAAAGAAAUAUAAAUGUAUAGCUACAUCAAAAAGGUUGUCGCUAAAUCCGUGAAAUUGUACUAAUUUUUUAGGUCCUCUUUUGUUCAAAUUUGAGUACGGUGCUCAUAACGAAAAMUGGCCAUUCAARCAACUUUUUGCUUAAGCCCUGWAGAAUUAGUACACUAUUUGUACAAUUUCACGGAAUACGUGCGUUGACAUCCUCGGGAACUAGGRAUAAUCUUUUGUUAUGAAUGAGUUWCAAUGGAUUAYACCCCCUGGUCUGCCGAGGAUGGUCGGCGUUCACUCUAUAUGMAUAUAUACUUGAUUGAUAUUCAAUCGCCAAACUAUUUGGAAUUUUACUUAUUUGUGAAGCUUUCAAACUCAUUGCUCAAUUUUUAUCGACAGAUUUUAAUGUCAGUUAUCGUAUUUAUAUAUCGUGUAGUAUAGUAUCCAAUAUCUCUUCCAAUGACUAUAGGUGAUAACACUUGGUAAGGGAACACCGCWUUUAUUAGCUCAGACUURGCCKCUUUUGCUUGUAAAAUAUYAAAUAAUGCACAAGCAMUCGUGUUUUAUUUUCUGUAGUCUCUUCUUUUAGCAAAUAAUCAUGAUUACUUUGCACACAAUCGAGGCUAAGACUAUCUCAGCACAUUACAAGCAUUAUUUACUAAAGUUACUCUCUUGACAUAUAUAUUUUAAGCAUCUCCAUGCAUGAAUUUGUAUAUAGCUCUCAAAUUGUACAUAAUUUACUCUAAAUGUCUGCAUUGAUGCACGUGCUAAACCACAUUUUCCGGUCUAAAAUCAAUAUUUGCGAAACCGGCGCCAAACAUUUCCGGUUCUUAAACCGGAAGUACUUAAGGCUAUUAAACUUGGCCGUCCCUGGCCUUGACUUGCCUCCCUCWCUUCCAUUCUCAUAUCUUCUUUUUCCGUCUUCAGGAAUUUCUUCACUUCUUUUUCUAAUUCUUUACCCAUCUCUCUUCUUUUUCCGUUUCUCUCUUGCAGUAAAUAUAAAAAAAUGUACAACAGCAUGAGGAGUUUUUCAAUUAUAAAACAACUAAUGCCAUUAUUGAUAGUUUAUUAUACCUGCUAUAUAGGAGAAAAAAAAAAUGAAAUUACUCAUAACAUAACUACAAUAAUUAAUUAGAGUGUGCAAACAAUAAAGGCGUGAAAUAGUACACGUUCUUACAAGAGUUAAAAGCCACUUUAUUAGUAAAGUGAAGUCAAUAAUCCCGUGAAACAGUAUUUGACUAUCAAAGUGUGAUAGUCAAGUAGUCACACAAGAAAACGAUGCACGGACCGUACUAAGGUGCAUUAGAUCAAUAUCUAUAUUUCACGGGUUUUUGAACUUCAAUCCGUCCGUGAAACAUAUAUUUUGAGGAGGUUUCACAAAAUUAAGUAAACAUUACCGCUAAUUUGCCUCAAAUUAGUUAGACAUAAAUCCAUUUCACGAUUAUAGUGAAUACAAUUAAUCUACCAAGUCAUUUCACUCUACACUGUCGCCAUUUUGAAUAGAUCAAAGGGGCUGUUCUGAUAAUUGAUCCAAUAAUGUUUGGAUAUUUUGAAAAAUCAGCAUAUGAACAAAGCUGGCAUUUACAACAGUUUUUUCCUACAUCAUAAAAUAAAUACGUUAUAGUGUGUAUCAUCUUAAUUACACAGAACGGAUGUCAGAAACUUCUGACGGAUGUAUAUAGCGGAAAUCUCUAUCUAGAGCCCACGUUCCUUUUGGUCUGCGCCGAGAAAGCAGGAGGAGGAACAAUCUCGUACCCAGAACCCGCACUUUUGCCAUCCGUCGUCAUCAUACCGCUGACAUUAGGCGUGAAGACUCUGGGCUCGAGAUUGGAGGAGGAAAGGAACGCGGGCGCUAGCAAGCAUGAUCGCGUACAGCGGUUGAAUCAUGCAUGCAAUUAGUAUGUAAUAUAGAAUCUUAUUGUGAUAGACUUAAAAUUAUAGGAUUUUUAUGCAAUUCAAUGGCAUAUUUAGUGGAAUAAGUAUCAUUUAAAAUAACAGUUAGCAAUAUUUUAAUUUUGCAAUCUUUGUAUGACAGACUAUCUGGUUGCCUAUAUCUUUAUAUGAGUAUAGGGUACAAAAUUGAUCAAAAGAUGAGAUUAAAAGUUGAGAUUAUUUAUAUGUAUGCCUAAUUGCAAUAUACCUUUGUCAGAAAGAAAUGUCCCGGUAUUAUAUUAAGUGAGAAAGAAAACGUUAACAAGACAAAAGAAAGCGUUCGGCCUUGUUCUUUAUUCCUUUUAUACAAUAAAUUUCUUUUUCCUUUUUCCUUUUCCUUUCUCUAUGACAAGGUUGUUGCAAUUAGUGUUUUUAUAUUUUUCUGUCUUUAUGACAAUUACAUUAUAUAUAGUCAAGCUUAUAUCGAUCAUCGCUAUAGUGAACGCACUUGAUCCGUGAUAUUUAGUAGUCCGGCUCUGUACAGUAUUUUGAAUUUAUCAAAGGAUAAUGGAGAUUCAUGUCCGCUUCAGGUACAGAAUUUCUAAAAUAAAUAUUACAUCAAUUCUACGUUAUGAUACACCCGAGGAAUUGCAUUGUUUUCUUUUGUAUUUAUUUGACUAUCAACAGUUUUGUUUCAAGGAUUUAUUAACAUUGAUUAUUUGCACUUUAAAAUUACACUCUAGUUCUAUAAUAUUUCUACAAUUUCAAGUGCGUUUACUCUAAGCAACAUGUAUAAGUUAGUAUAGUCUCAUAUUCCCCAGAAAUCUAAUGUGUCAUUUCUUGUCCCACAUGUGAAAUUUUGAAAUAAAAUACUUACACCUGA